AUGAGCACCACCAGCGCUGACAACGUCAAGGAUCAGGUUCAAGAGUUCGUCGAUGCACCAAGACAAUUCUUCAAGGACGGCGCACAAUUCAUCAACCGGUGUCGAAAGCCUGAUCAGAAGGAAUUCUUGAGAAUCACACAAGCCGUUGCUAUGGGAUUUGCUGCUCUCGGUGCCCUUGGAUACUUUGUCAAGUUGAUUCAUAUUCCUAUUAACAACAUCUUGGUGGGAUCCGCUUAA